AAAACAUGUUGGAAUUCCUAACAAAACUUGAAGACACUGCGAAUCCUUUACUAGGCCCAACUUUAUGGGGCUUGCAAAAAUGGGGUAUGUGGCAACCUAAGGCGGGCAUAAAUCGUGUAAUUUACAACAUCAUUCAUCUAUUGGCAAUACUAUUUGUACUCAGCCAGUACGUUGAGCUCUGGUUGAUCAGAUCCAACAUGAAUAUGGCCAUGAGAAAUCUUUCUGUGACAAUGCUGAGUACUGUAUGUGUUAUUAAAGCGGGAACUUUCAUUAUGUGGCAGAAAUAUUGGAGACAAGUGGUCUCGUAUGUCUCAUCAACAGAAAAAUAUCAACUUAAAAAGCGUGAUGUAAAAGCAAAGAGAAUUAUCCAGGGAUAUAUUGCGUAUUCAAGAAAAGUUACGUACUUUUACUGGGGGCUUGUCGCAGCUACAGUUUUAACUGUCAUUCUAGCUCCAUUAGCAGUUUAUUUGUCUUCAAGUGAAAGUCAUAAACUGGUUAGAAAUGAGACAGUUUCUUAUCCCGAAAUUAUGAGUUCUUGGGCACCUUUCGAUAAAUCUCAAGGGUUGGGGUAUUGGACCAUGGUGGUUGUCCAAACGCUGAUCUGUUUCUAUGGUGGUGGUAUUGUUGCUAAUUACGAUUCCAAUGCAGUAGUUUUGAUGACAUUUUUUGCUGGACAACUGGAUCUGUUGAAGUUGAAAUGUUCGCUGUUAUUUGGAGAUGGUCAGGAGUAUAUAAGUUACCAAGACGCUGUCAAGAGGAUUCGGGACUGCCAUCAACAUCAUGUUUUACUUGUCAAGUAUUCUAAAAUAAUGAAUUCCCUGUUGUCGCCGGUGUUGUUUCUGUAUGUAAUCAUCUGUUCCCUCAUGAUUUGCGCGAGUGCAGUCCAAUUAACUACGGAUGGUACAACCAGCAUGCAGCAAGUAUGGAUAGCGGAAUACCUGCUUGCACUGGUUGCCCAACUGUUCCUGUAUUGCUGGCAUAGCAAUAAAGUGCUCUUUAUGAGUCUGAAAGUGGAUGAAGGCGUAUAUUCCAGCGCUUGGUGGUCACAAGGAGCGAGGGUACGCCGCAGCGUAGCUCUGCUCGGCGGGCAGCUGGCCAAAACUGUUGUGUUCACAGCUGGACCCUUUACCAAGCUCACUGCUGCUACUUUUAUUACUAUUUUAAAAGGCUCAUACAGCUACUACACAUUGCUAAGUAAGAAAGAAGAAUAAUGAAAUGGUUACUCAGUUCUUGAUUGAUCACUUGAUUGUUUU